UGUGGUAAAGCCUUUCCUUCAUCCAGUAAACUUCGUAAGCAUGAAAGAAUUCACACUGGGGAAAAGUGCUAUGAAUGUAAAGAAUGUGGUAAAUUCUGCACAUGUUACUCUGAACUUCAAAUACAUGAACGAACUCACACAGGAGAAAAGCCGUAUGAAUGUAAGCAGUGUGGCAAGGCUUAUGCUCGGAUUUCUCACCUUCACUCACAUGAAAAAACUCAUACUGGAGAGAAGCCCUAUGAAUGUAAACAGUGUGGGAAAGCCUUCGCUACAUCUGGUAACCUUCAAAUACAUGGAAGAACUCAUACUGGAGAGAAGCCUUAUGAAUGUAAACAAUGUGGGAAAGCCUUUAUUUCUUCCACUGCCCUUCAAAUACAUGAACAAAUUCAUACAGGAGAGAAGCCCUAUGAAUGUAAGCAGUGUGGGAAAGCCUUCAUUCGAUCCUCUGCCCUUCGCUCACAUGAAAGAACUCAUACUGGAGAGAAGCCCUAUGAAUGUCAACAAUGUGGUAAAGCCUUCACUCGGUUAUCUUAUCUUCAUGCACAUGAACGAACUCAUACUGGAGAAAAGCCCUAUGAAUGUAAGCAGUGUGGCAAAACCUUCACUCAUUUCUCUACCUUUUACUCACAUGAAAGAGCUCAUAAUGGAGAGAAGCCCUAUGAAUGUGAGCAGUGUGGCAAAGCCUUCAUUCAUUCCUCUAGCCUUCAUUCACAUGAACGAACUCAUACGAAGCCCUAUGAAUGUCAACAAUGUGGUAAAGCCUUCACUCGGUUACCUUACCUUCACUCACAUGAACGAAUUCAUACUGGAGAGAAGCCCUAUGAAUGUAAGCAAUGUGGCAGAGCCUUCAGACAUUCCUCUAGCUUUCGCUUACACGAAAGAGCUCAUGGAGAGAAGGCUUAUGAAUGUAAGCGGUGUGGCAAAGGCUUCAUUUAUUCCUCUAGCCUUCACUCACAUGAAAGGAUUCAUAAUGGAGAGAAGCCCUAUGAAUGUAAGCAGUGUGGCAAAGCCUUCAAUUAUUCCUCUAGCCUUCGCUCACAUGAACGAAUUCAUACUGGAGAGAGGCCCUAUGAAUGUCAACAGUGUGGUAAAGCCUUUACUCGGUCAUCUUACCUUCACUCACAUGAACGAACUCAUGCUGGAGAGAAGCCCUAUGUGAAACAAUGUGGUAAAGUCUUCACUUGUUCCUCUGAACUUCAGGUUCAUGAACAAACGCAUAUUGCAGAGAAGCCCUAUGAAUGUAAGCAGUGUGGCAAAGCCUUCAAUUAUUCCUCUAGCCUUCACUCACAUGAACGAACUCAUAUUGGAGAGAAACCCUAUGAAUGUCAACAAUGUGGCAAAGCCUUCACUCAUUCCUCUACUCUUUGCUCACAUGAACAAACUCAUAAUGGAGAGAAGCCCUGUAAAUGCAAAGAAUGUGGAAAAGCCUUCACUGUAUUAGCUACCUUUGAAAAUAUAAAACAAAUUCAUACUAGGGAGAAGCCCUAUGAAUGUAAGCAGUGUGGCAAAGCCUUCAAUCAGUCCUCUAGUCUUCACUCACAUGAAAGAACUCAUACUGGGGAGAAGCCCUAUGAAUGCAAAAAAUGUGGAAAAGCCUUCACUGCCUUCUCUUACCUUCAAACACAUAAUCAAACUAAUACUGAGUAGAAACCUUGUGGAUGUACAAAAUGUUUUAAAGCCUUCACUAGUUUGUUUAACCUUUGAAUACACACAUAAAUUCA